AUGAAUAAAGCUGAAAACUUCACCAGCGAAAGUGGCAGUUAUCCCAGUUUUCUUGCAAACCUGGAUAAUACGAAAGCAGAGAGACAACUGAUUAACGCGGGAAAACGUGGAGGUGCUCGAACAUUUGGUCCACAUCGUUUCGACUUCGAUUCAUUUUUUUAUCCGACUGAUAAGCGCCAAGAGACCUUUUCACCAUAUUAUUUCUAUCAACAACCAAAGCGCGGAGGUGGUCGAGGCUUCUAUUCGGUUUGGAAUCCACCUACAAUAAGCGAAUCUCGAAAUUUGCCAUUUAUUCUAACAUCACCUAUAAUUAUCUAUAAAAGUGGGUUUCCUCUGAUAUGGGAUCGAAUGUCCUUUGAAGAUAAAAUAAUUGGGCCCACAGCACCAUUCGAAUUUCAUAGGCUUUUUGACAUACUGAAAGCCAUGAUGCUUAACCUGAAUCUUGCCAAUAAAUUCUUGACUAUUCUCUCCCCUACUCGCAUUACUUGA